UAGACCGAGACAGUUCACGCGGCCUUGGAUUGGAAUAAUAGAAAAUGAAAAAAACAAGGCAAAACAAAACAAUUGAUGGCUGGCUGCUAAUCAACCAAGUUUCAGGAAAUGUAGUCAAAUGUAGUUUGAAGUUUGUAGGCAAUCUUUUGAUCUUAAAGUACAUGUAAUUUAUUUAUAAUAUUUUCUCCAACUUAUUCUUUAAUGCUUGUUUGGUUAUUUUGUAUCUAUUUAGAUUGUACACAGUGCCAAAGCAUCAUCCCCAGCAAUGUUGGAAUCACUUUCGCUCAAGUUUUUUCAAGAGUUUUUCUCCUUUGGCCAAUCCUUUACUAUGUUACUGAGACAAGAGAUCAGUUUGGAUUCCCCCUGUUAUUGAUUUCUUGGACUGUCACUGAAGUUCUUCGCUACCUUUACUACAUCUUGAAUUUACUCUCUACUGUGCCAGCAAUUACAUUGGUGCAGAUAUUUUUUUUCAUUAUCUUGUAUCCUAUUGGAAUAACUGGUGAGCUUAUUUCCUGUUACUGUGCUCUACCCUACUACAGCACAACUCAGGAAAUUUCAGUUUUACUACCAAAUAAGUGGAAUUUAACAUUCAACUUCUGUGCUACAGGCUUCAUUCCCAACAAUGUUGGAAUUACUUUCGCUCAAGUUUUUUCAAGAGUUUUUCUCCUUUGGCCAAUCCUUUACUAUAUUACUGAGACAAGAGAUCAGUUUGGAUUCCCCCUGUUAUUGAUUGCUUGGACUGUUACUGAAGUUCUUCGCUACCUUUACUACAUCUUGAAUUUACUCUCUACUGUGCCAGCAAUUACAUUGGUGCAGAUAUUCUUUUUUGAUUAUCUUGUAUCCUAUUGCCCUAUUGGAAUAACGGUGACAUUUGAAUAUUACCUACUCAUCAAACAGAUGAGAGAUCAUUUUGCUGAAUUCACCCUUCUGGGUUCUACGGAACAGCACGUGCGACAAAAGUUGUUCCAAAUAUUCCAUUAACGAACUGGCUUUCUUAACAACGCCGACCGUUACAUCCGGGAAGGUCAACGCCGUCGAUCCAAAGAAGCUCCCUUCAACCCAAUCAACGCGACUGACGUAAUCACCCUUGAAUCAGAGAAGAAAUAAAAUCCUCGACUAAUCGAAGAAGCUUUCAAAGAGAGUGAAAACAACGAAUUAACUGGCUUCAAACGUAUCCGAGAUCAAAACAUUCAAAAAAAAGUCUAAUUAUCAAGGCCUUGCUUAUUACUGUAUUUGCCGAGGCAAACCCCAAGGAGGAAUGAUCGAAUGCUCGAUCUGCUUGUGAUGAUUCUAUCUUUCGUGUUAAGGAGGAGCGAAACAACAAGGUCCAGGGGCCAAAAAGAAGACAAAUAAUGAAGGCAAUGCGAUCAGCGGAAUCAAAGAUGGCCGUUACCUCUGUGGCUUUUUUGUCGUUCAAGACGAACUCGUCUUGAAACGAUCCUCUCGCGCUGAUGUGACGUUAUAAAAACUUCAUUUUCGAUUACCCGAGAGUGAAACUCUUCAAUAUGUCUCACAGAGAGGGCCAUGAACUGGCAGGAUCGACGCUGCUAUCUACUGAUGAGUUAACAGCAUGUUUGUCUCAAUUAUCUAACAUUAUGCAACGAGCUACUGACGCUUCUUCCCAGAAGAAAAUAUUGGUUAUAAGAGUGGAUUCAAUGAACUUCAAAAAUUGUCAGUGACCGGGGAGCAACGCGAUUUCUACAAUGGCAACGAAGAGUCACAGGACAGCAAUUGUACGACUAAAGACGGUAUUUCAGAAGUUGUCGAACAACCUCCAGCGUUCAACAACUCAGAACAUGCGAAUUCUUUGUUUUCUAAAGAUGGCUCGAAUUGUAUCACUUCUAACAAGAAGAAUUCACGCAAAUCUCCGUUAGUUCCUCGACAGCUAAACUCAUUCGUGUGGACAACGCCAUCAAACGUUUCAUCCGAUCUCAUCAUCAUCAUCACAUAAUGUUCCUCUUACAACUCUUUCUUCUCAAACUGCUGUAGAUCUCAUCCUCGAGGCUGAUUCACUCGAAGUGUCGCUCGACGAAACGGAUCCAUAUAGGAAGGAUUCUUCAGGUAUUAGAAUUCUUCGGAAUUCUUUCGAUUACUGUUCGAUUACCCUAGGGUGAAACUCUUCAAUGUCUCAUCAAGAGGGCCAUGAAUUGGCCUUCCUUUCAAAAAUUGUAACAUUAUUUGUCAUCUUGUUUAACUCAGGAUCGAUUCUGCUAUCUACUGAAGAAUUCAACGGUUUCUGGUUGUUGGACUCGGUGCGGGGAAAAAAAAUGUAAAAUUAAAUCCACGAAUGAGUGUUCCUUGUUUACAGUGAUGUGAAAUAAAUGCAAAUCAUGAACUGA